CCCAGAUCCAUCACAGCUAUCAUUGAAUUGAAACAAUGGGCUCGAAGGUUUUCGCUGCACUCGUAUGUUGUAUCGCACUGGUGUUGGUCAGUGCCUCACCGUAUGGUCAUCAUGGACAUGAUCAUGGGGGUCACAGUGCUUCCAGUCACGCUUCAGUGCAUUUAGUCUCACACGACGAUCAACACGAUCAUCAUGGUCACCAUGGAGACGGACAUGGCCACGACGAUGGACAUGACUCACACGCUGAGUAUCACUUUAGUUACGGCGUUAAGGAUACGAAGACGGGUGAUAUCAAAGAGCAGAGUGAACACCGUGAUGGUGAUAAGGUAUCCGGACAUUAUGAACUGAUUGAGGCGGAUGGCCACAAGAGAACUGUGCACUAUACGGCCGACAAGCAUAGUGGUUUCCACGCGGUGGUACAUCGUGAACCCACACACCAUCAUGUAGCUGAUCAAGGACACACCAGCUACCAUGGUGGAUACGCCGAGGUUGAAUCGCACGAUGGCGGAGAUGGUGGAAAUGAUGGUCAUGGCCACGGUCAUGAUUAUGGUCUCGGUCAUUCCAGCGGCUUCUCAAUCAAACAAGAACAUGGUGUUGCGGUUCAUCAUCAUGGUGGACAUGAUUUCGGUGGACAUGCUGGUCAUUAGAUGAUUUAUCUGUAAAAACUAAUAAUGGAUUUUUAUUGUUGUUAUGAAGGGAAUAUUUUUAGUUUAAUUGAAAAUGAAAUGAUUGUUGAAAACUGAUCUAAUAUUAUUAAAGUUACUUAAAAGUUAACAAA